AUGGCCAGCACCUUCGCCCGCGCCCUCUCCGCUCGCAAGUCCGCCGGCCUCCUGGCCAUGGUGGGCGCCGCCGGCUCGCUGGCCGCGGGCUACCUGCUCUGCCGAGACUCCGUGGGCGCUGCGGCGGCCCGGCGACGCCUCUACCCGCCCAGUGCUGAGUAUCCAGAUCUGCGAAAACACAACAACUGCAUGGCCAGCAACCUGACCCCCACCAUCUACGCUCAACUCUGCGACAAAGCCACCCCCAAUGGCUGGACCCUGGACCAGUGCAUCCAGACGGGGGUGGACAACCCUGGGCAUCCCUUCAUCAAGACCGUGGGCAUGGUGGCCGGAGAUGAAGAGACUUACGAGGUGUUUGCGGACAUCUUUGACCCGGUGAUUGAGGAGCGGCACAACGGCUACAAUCCGCACACCAUGAAGCACCCCACGGACCUGGACGCCGGCAAGGUGAAGGGGGGCCUCUUCGACGAGCGCUACGUGCUGUCGUCGCGGGUGCGGACGGGGCGCAGCAUCCGCGGCCUGAGCCUGCCGCCGGCCUGCAGCCGGGCCGAGCGCCGCGAGGUGGAGCGGGUGGCGGCCGACGCCCUCAGCGGCCUCACCGGAGACCUGGCCGGCAAGUACUACCGCCUCGCCGACCUCAGCGACAAGGAGCAGCAGCAGCUCAUCGACGACCACUUCCUCUUCGACAAGCCCGUCUCCCCGCUGCUGACGGCGGCCGGCAUGGCGCGCGACUGGCCCGACGCGCGGGGCAUCUGGCACAACCACGAGAAGACCUUCCUGAUCUGGGUCAACGAGGAGGACCACACCCGCGUCAUCUCCAUGGAGAAGGGCGGCAACAUGAAGCGGGUCUUCGAGCGCUUCUGCCGGGGCCUGAAGGAGGUGGAGCGCCUGAUCCAGGAGCGGGGCUGGGAGUUCAUGUGGAACGACCGGCUGGGCUACAUCCUGACGUGCCCCUCCAACCUGGGCACGGGCCUCCGCGCUGGCGUCCACAUCAAGCUGCCGCUGCUGAGCAAAGACAGCCGCUUCUCGAAGAUCCUGGAGAACCUGAGGCUGCAGAAACGCGGCACCGGCGGCGUCGACACCGCCGCCACCGGGAGCACCUUUGACAUCUCCAACCUGGACCGGCUCGGGAAGUCGGAGGUGGAGCUGGUUCAACUGGUGAUUGAUGGGAUCAACUACCUGAUCGACUGUGAGCGACGCCUGGAGCGGGGGCAGGACAUCCGCAUCCCUUCGCCAGUGCCGCAAUUCCGCAGCUGA